GCAAUGAUCGAUCCCUUUCGACGCGUUUAUGUCACGUUGUUAAGAUCGAAGGUUACAUUUUUUCGAAAGGUCUUCGCUAAGUUCGAGAUACUUUCACACUAGCAUCCCAAAAAUGGGAAAACAAUCGAAAGGGUUGCUCAGCAAGCAGACGAGGAGUUAUUUCAUGAGCACACACUUCUGGGGACCGGUGUUCAACUGGAUGAUACCCAUAGCGGCCAUAUCCGACACGCAAAAGCAUCCGAGAAUCAUUAGCGGCAAAAUGACUUUGGCGUUGGCUCUGUACUCUAUAAUGUUCAUGAGGUUCGCCCUGAAAGUGCAGCCACGGAAUAUGUUGCUGUUUGCGUGCCACUUCGUCAAUUCCUGCGCGCAGCUUACACAGGCUUACAGAUUUCUCGACUACCAUUAUAUCUCGCAACAAGAACACAAUGACGAAGACACACCUGUCUCUCAGGAUGAAAAGAAGUGACUUCGUAUAUGUUGAUCUCAGCGAUGAUAUAGCUAUAGUUAUUCGGUAUAAUAAUGUAGAUGUUUAGUAUCGAUUGUGCGAAAAAUUUUAUAAUAAAAUCUGCAAUCUUUAAACAACAUUUCCUCGAUUAAAAUUUUAUGGUAAAAUCUAAAUAUGCAAAUUUUCUCUUGUUCAGUAAAGAAGUGAGCUAAAUAUCUCUUUUAUUCUCAAAGAUUGAUUUGUCGUUUUUCUAUUUAUGCACUUCUUUUACGUCAAUUGUAAAUUUUUCUAAUCUGCCACAUAUUGUCAAAAAAGGGGCGAUAUCAUCUCGCUAAACUACUUAAGUAGCUGAAAAUUAUAUUGUAUAAGCAGUAAAAAGUUUCAGGAUUCCAUGAAAAUGUAAAGAACAUUCACCGUGAAAUCAGCCUAUUCACUCGACAGUUUCCCCAUCUUUUUUUUUUUUCUUUCUCCUUUUCCCCAUAGUGAGUCGAAAAAGGCACUAGUUUAUUCGUGGUGGCCCCAAUUCGAUGGACGAAUGUAUAAGGAGAGCAAUAAUUUCCUAGGGGUCGGUUCUGUCUUUCUCGUUUCUUUUCCCGCGCCUCGGACGAAGGCCAUUCGAUCGAGCUUGGGGUCAUUUUAUGGGAUCUGGCACGGAUCAGAGGCACGAAUCUAUUCCGGUUUUUCCGAAUGCUAAGCCACGCUGCGCCUCCGUCCCAUUUCUGCUCUUUGCAUUCGUUUGGCCUGAACGAAGGAACACGAGGGCGGAUUCGUGUCCCUGAAUAAAUAUAUAUGGACUGAUUAGCCCUGCUUGGCUUCGAUCAUGCGUUCCUCCUACUUAUCCGUUUCCUUUGCAUCAAGAAAGAUCGGUGACGUCAUCGAUCGUCAGUGGUUUUGUAUCAUCUCUGAAUAUCAAAAGAAAUUGUACGAUUUUAACAUUCUAUAGACAAUACGCAUUAGAGACAAUUGUCAUUUUUAUCAGCUGGCAAAAGUCAUUUUUAUCAGCACAACAUUCACUCUCUGAAUAAUAUAACGAGGGCUUGUCUUCGAAGGUUUUGUAUAUUUUUUUGCAUAUUUGAAUUGUCCAUAAAUGCAUAAAUAUGCACAGUCUACUAAUCGUCGAAUUCCACGAACAAUAAAAUCAACCAAUUUGCUUCCAUUUUCGUGUUUUGUAAGGCAAUCACAUCCAUUAGUAAUUUCAUUCGAUUGCUGGAAUUAUUUACUUUUAUUUCAACCAUGAGAUCCAACACCACGUUCAUCCGCUUUUCACGGGAAGAUCGCGGCCAAUUUUCACGAACGUACAAAACGGGGAGAAAGAAGAUCGCAGAGGCGAGACAAAGUCCACGGGAUGAGUCCUUCGGGACUGAUUUCACAAACAAAUGCCGACGAUUGAAUGCUGGCAUGUCGCAAGAUGGAUCGCUCUCUUUGAAUCACAGAUUACCCGCCGCCUUCCUUCCACCUCGUCCUGCGGUCCUCCUCCUUCCGCUGCGCGGCCGCCGUUUCCAACUGCCCUCUUCCUCCAGACGGCUCGUCCUUCCUUUUCUUGCUCCACCUCUCU